AGAGAGAGAGACAGAGAGAGAGAGAGAGAGACAGAGAGAGAGAGAGAGAGAGAAAGAGAUACAGAGAUCCGCAGAGCUGGAGCGAUCUUCCCACGACCGAACCGCUUCGGGACCUGAGAACAGUGAAUUAGACACGCAACCCUCCUGCUGUCCGGUAACCGGGUCGCCAUGCCGACCGUCUGAUUAGCCGUCUGUGUGUCUGUCCGGAGGAACUGGACCGUUGUUCGGCGGAUGUAUGUCGACGCCUCUCGGUAUGAAAUGUCUGAACUAACAACGAUGAGGAGGAAUCUGCUGCUCGUGUUUCUACUGACUGUUAUCUGCUUGAGACGCGAGGCGCUCUGCGGUUCUCCCAGUGUUCAGAUCGGAGGGCUGUUCCCACGCGGUGCGGACCAGGAGUACAGUGCAUUCCGGAUCGGAAUGGUCCAGUAUGGAAGCCAGGACUUCCGCCUCACUCCUCACAUAGACAACCUGGAGGUUGCCAACAGCUUCGCUGUCACCAACUGCUUUUGUUCCCAGUUCUCCAGGGGUGUGUAUGCCAUCUUUGGUUUCUAUGACAAGAAGAGUGUGAACACCAUCACGUCUUUCUGUGAGACCCUCCACGUGUCCUUCAUCACGCCGUCCUUCCCUGCUGACGGACUGAAUCAGUUUGUCCUUCAGAUGAGACCCGACAUCAAGGGACCUCUGGUCAGCUUAGUGGAGUAUUACAAGUGGGACAAGUUCGCCUACCUCUAUGACAGUGACAGAGGUCUGUCCACCCUGCAAGUGAUCCUGGAUACAGCAGCAGAGAGGAAGUGGAUUGUAACAGCCAUCAACGUGGGCAACCUGAAGGAUGAGAGGAAGGACGAGGCGUAUCGCUCCAUGUUCCAAGACCUGGAGAUACGAAAGGAGAGGAGAGUCAUUCUGGACUGUGAACAAGACAAGGUUAAAGACAUCAUGGACCAGGUCAUCACCAUUGGCCGACAUGUUAAAGGAUACCAUUACAUCAUCGCUAACCUGGGCUUCGUUGAUGGUGACCUGUCUAAGAUCCAGUAUGGGGGAGCCAAUGUGUCGGGUUUCCAGAUUGUUGACUUUGAGGAGCCGCUCGUCUCCAAGUUCGACCAGAGAUGGGAAGCACUGGAGGAGAAGGAAUACCCUGGAGCUGACAGCAGGAUCAGGUACACAUCAGCUCUGACCUAUGAUGCGGUCCAGGUUAUGACCGAAGCGUUCCGGACACUCACCAAGCAACGGAUCGAUUUCAGUCGUCGUGGCAAUAACGGGGACUGUCUGGCCAAUCCGGCGGUGCCCUGGUCUCAAGGCAUGGAGAUAGAACGCGCCCUCAAACAGGUGCGUGUGGAUGGGCUGACAGGUAAUAUCCAGUUUGACCAGUACGGUAAAAGAGUCAACUACUCCGUCAACGUGAUGGAACUGAAGAACACUGGACCAGUUAAGAUCGGCUACUGGAAUGAAGUGGACAAGAUGGUGGUGACUAAACUAGACAUCUUCCCCAACGACACUAAUGGGAUGGAGAACAAGACUGUUAUCGUCACAACUAUCCUGGAAGCCCCAUACGUGAUGCUAAAGAAGAAUGCUGAGCUGUUCCUGGACAACGACCGUUACGAAGGCUACUGCGUGGAUCUGGCAGCAGAGAUCGCUAAGCACUGUGGGAUACGCUACCAGCUAAGGAUUGUGGGAGAUGGAAAGUACGGGGCUCGAGACGCUGAAACCAAGAUCUGGAACGGGAUGGUCGGAGAGCUGGUGUACGGGAAAGCAGAUAUAGCCGUUGCUCCUCUCACUAUAACCCUGGUCCGAGAGGAGGUGAUCGACUUCUCCAAGCCCUUCAUGUCUCUGGGCAUCUCCAUCAUGAUCAAGAAACCCCAGAAGUCUAAACCCGGGGUGUUCUCCUUCCUGGACCCGUUGGCCUAUGAGAUCUGGAUGUGUAUAGUGUUUGCCUAUAUCGGUGUGAGCGUAGUUCUGUUCCUGGUGAGCCGGUUCAGCCCGUAUGAAUGGCACAUGGAGGAGUAUGAGGAUGGCCAACUGCCCACCAGCGAAUCCUCUAAUGAGUUUGGGAUCUUUAACUCUCUGUGGUUCUCUCUAGGAGCCUUUAUGCAGCAAGGCUGCGAUAUCUCCCCAAGGUCUCUAUCAGGUCGUAUAGUGGGUGGUGUGUGGUGGUUCUUCACUCUAAUCAUCAUCUCCUCCUACACGGCCAACCUGGCUGCCUUCCUCACUGUGGAGAGGAUGGUCUCCCCUAUAGAGGGAGCAGAGGACCUGGCUAAACAGACGGAGAUCGCCUACGGAACCCUGGACUCUGGCUCUACCAAGGAGUUCUUUAGGAGGUCGAAGAUUGCACUGUUUGACAAGAUGUGGCAGUACAUGAAGUCGGCAGAGCCGUCUCCGUUUGUGAAGAAGACAGCGGAAGGGGUGCUGAGAGUCAGGAAGUCCAAGGGGAAGUACGCGUACCUUCUGGAGUCCACCAUGAACGAGUACAUCGAGCAGAGGAAACCCUGCGACACCAUGAAGGUGGGAGGGAACCUGGACUCUAAAGGAUACGGCAUCGCCACACCAAAAGGAUCCCCAUUAAGAAAUGCAGUGAACCUGGCCGUGUUAAAACUGAAUGAGCAGGGCCUGUUGGACAAACUGAAAAAUAAAUGGUGGUACGACAAGGGAGAGUGUGGCAGCGGAGGAGGAGAAAGCAAGGAGAAGACCAGUGCUCUGAGCCUCAGUAAUGUAGCAGGUGUUUUCUACAUCCUGGUCGGAGGGCUCGGUCUGGCCAUGCUGGUGGCGCUGGUGGAGUUCUGUUACAAGUCCCGGGCCGAGGCCAAGAGAAUGAAGGUGGCUCAGAACACUCUGCACCUGGCUCAGAGCGCCCACAACCAGAACACCCUCCCUUCCUCCUCCUCCUCUCACAACUCACACAACUUUGCUACUUAUAAGGAAGGAAAGGAAGGCUACAGCGUUUACGGAAUGGAGAGUGUUAAAAUCUAGGAGGGAUGACAUUUACAGAUGCCAUGAGGAGUAAGGCCAGGCUGUCCAUCACGGGGUCCUCUGGGGAGAACGGCCGUGUUCUUACCCCUGACUUCUCUCACCCUCCUGACUGUCCCCGUGUCCCUUACCUCCGACCAGGACUACCCAUGAGCCUCAGCAUGACUGACCUCUCCUGACCACUCCCUCGCAGUGCCUUACAGCCAAUCAGAUCACAGAGAGCCGCCGACAAAACUCCACAUCAACCCAUCACGUUUUUUUUUUCAGAGGACUGGACUUUCUUUCCCGCCCUCUUCUCUGAUUGGGCAGAUAGCUCUGGGCUGGUGAUGUCAUCACCCUUCCCCUCUAAUCGCUGCCGGGGGAAGUGAAAACAACCAAUCGCGGCAGACCUAUCCAUUUCCAUAGUGACCAGCUCUGAUUCAAGCACACGAGACUUCAGCUGCAUCAGACGGGAUUUUAUAAAAUCAAGUUGAUCAACUUCACGGGGAAAAAAAAUCUAUUUUUUAAGUAUUUUCAAAAGCUUCCAUUUAGUAGAGUGAGUCAAUAUGAUCGCCUGUAUACUCCGACUUCACUACCGCUCUGUACAUAGGACCAGUUAUAACAAUAAUGAUAAUAAUAAUGUUAUAUUAAUUAUAUGAAUAAUAAUUAUAAUAAUGAUGAUAAUAAUGCUUGCUCUGAACCCUGACCCCUGUUUUCACUAGAGACCUAGUUUGACCUCUGAACCCUAACCCCUGUUUUCACUAGAGACCUAGUUUGACCUCUGAACCCUGACCCCUGUUUUCACUAGAGACCUAGUUUGACCUCUGAACCCUAACCCCUGUUUUCACUAGAGACCUAGUUUGACCUCUGAACCCUAACCCCUGUUUUCAGUAGAGACCUAGUUUGACCUCUGAACCCUGACCCCUGUUUUCACUAGAUACCUAGUUUGACCUCUGAACCCUGACCCCUGUUUUCACUAGAGACCUAGUUUGACCUCUGAACCCUAACCCCUGUUUUCAGUAGAUACGUAGUUUGACCUCUGAACCCUAACCCCUGUUUUCACUAAAAACCUAGUUUGACCCUAAAACUCCAGAUGGUACUGAGGCCAGAAACUAAAAACAGACAUAUAUGGCCCAUGAACAACAGACAUACUGUAUAUGGCCCAUGAACAACAGACAUACUGUAUAUGGCCCAUGAACAACAGACAUACUGUAUAUGGCCCAUGAACAACAGACAUACUGUAUAUGGCCCAUGAACAACAGACAUACUGUAUAUGGCCCAUGAACAACAGACAUACUGUAUAUGGCCCAUGAACAACAGACAUACUGUAUAUGGCCCAUGAACAACAGACUUUGGUGUUUAUAUGGACAAAAGACAGUACCAUAAUAGAGUGCCAAUGCCAAGUACAGGAGAGUGCCAAAAGAGGGACUUGAGCCAAUAACCUGGUUCAGCCAAAAGAGGGACUUGAGCCAAUAACCUGGUUCAGCCAAAAGAGGAAAUUGAACCAAUAACCUGGUCCAGCCAAAAGGACUUGAACCAAUAAGCUGGUUCAGCCAAAAGGAAAUUGAACCAAUAAGCUGGUCCAGCCAAAAGGACUUGAACCAAUAAGCUGGUUCAGCCAAAAGGACUUGAACCAAUAAGCUGGUUCAGCCAAAAGAGGAAAUUGAACCAAUAA